CCGCCUUGUCCCGCCCUGUCCCACCGUGUCUGGCCUCAACCGCCCGGUCCGGGCCCGCCCGCACCACUGGGCGAAUGAAUGAGCCCCCGAGCCCGUCCGGCUGGCCAGGUCCGGGCGGCCCCAUCCCCAUAAGGCCGUCUGCUGGACGGUGGCCUUGCUCGCCGGCUGCCCGCCCGGCAGGGCUUCCCUAGGGCCACAGGGCAGAGGCAAGGGCCUGCCGCCCCGAGCCUCCUCCCGGAAGGAACUGUCCGGUGUCGACAGCUUGGAAGCCUUGGGGUGGCAAGGGCCGCCUGGGCAGAAUGCCACAAUGGACGAUGGGGGCACACCCCUGCUCCCCGACAGCCUUGUCUACCAGAUCUUCCUGAGCCUGGGCCCUGCUGACGUGCUGGCUGCUGGGCUGGUGUGCAGACAGUGGCAGGCUGUGUCCCGGGACGAGUUCCUAUGGAGGGAGCAAUUCUACCGCUACUACCAGGUGGCCCGUGAUGUGCCCCGACACCCAGUGGCCACGUCCUGGUACGAGGAGUUCCGACGGCUCUAUGACAUGGUGCCCUGCGUGGAGGUGCAGACAUUGCGGGAGCACACCGACCAGGUCCUGCACCUCAGCUUCUCCCACUCAGGCUACCAGUUUGCUUCCUGCUCCAAGGACUGCACUGUGAAGAUCUGGAACAACGAUCUGACCAUCUCGCUGCUGCACAGCGCGGACAUGCGGCCCUACAACUGGAGCUACACCCAGUUCUCCCAGUUCAACCAGGAUGACUCGCUGCUGUUGGCCUCAGGGGUGUUCCUAGGGCCACACAACUCCUCAUCAGGCGAGAUUGCCGUCAUCAGCCUAGACACCUUCGCUCUGCUGUCCCGUGUGCGCAACAAGCCCUACGACGUGUUCGGCUGCUGGCUCACAGAGACCAGUCUCAUCUCGGGGAACCUGCAUCGCAUCGGAGAUAUCACCUCCUGCUCGGUGCUGUGGCUCAACAACGCCUUCCAGGACGUGGAGUCUGAGAACGUUAACGUGGUUAAGCGGCUCUUCAAGAUCCAGAACCUCAACGCCAGCACCAUCCGCACGGUGAUGGUGGCUGACUGCAGCCGCUUCGACAGCCCUGACCUCCUGCUGGAUGCUGGUGACUCAGCCAUGUCUCCCUGCCGUGUCUUUGACCUGGGCGGUGACAGUAGUGAUGAGGUGGAGCCAGCCUCUGCCCGCACAAAGGAGGGCCUGCGGCGCUUGCUGGACAGUGUGCUGGACGGGCGGGCACAGCCCCAGCUGUCUGAGCGUGCGCUGGAGACCCGGGUGGCUGAGCUGCUGGCCCAAGGCCACACCAAGCCCCCGGAGCGCAGUGCUGCCAGUGCCAGGAACAAGUACCUCAUCUUUACCACCGGCUGCCUCACCUACUCGCCACACCAGAUUGGCAUCAAGCAGAUCCUGCCGCACCAGAUGACCACGGCAGGGCCUGUGCUGGGUGAGGGCCGAGGUUCUGACGCCUUCUUUGAUGCGUUGGACCAUGUCAUUGACGUGCAUGGACACAUCAUUGGCAUGGGCCUAUCGCCUGACAACAGGUACCUGUACGUGAACAGCCGUGCCUGGCCCAGUGGCUCGGUGGUGGCUGACCCCAUGCAGCCGCCACCCAUCGCGGAGGAGAUCGACCUGCUCGUGUUCGACCUCAAGACCAUGCGGGAGGUGAAGCGGGCCCUGCGAGCACACCGCGCCUACACGCCCAACGAUGAGUGCUUCUUCAUCUUCCUCGACGUCAGCAGGGAUUUUGUGGCCAGUGGGGCCGAGGACCGGCAUGGCUACAUCUGGGACCGCCACUACAACAUCUGCCUGGCCAAGUUGCGACACGAGGAUGUGGUCAACUCGGUAGCCUUCAGCCCUCAGGAGCAGGAGCUCCUGCUGACAGCCAGCGACGAUGCCACCAUCAAGGCCUGGCGCUCACCGCGCACUGUGCGCAUCCUGCAGGCCCCGCGCCUACGCCCCCGCCCCUUUUCUUGGUUUGCCAGCCAGAGGCGCUGAGGGGCACUGGGUGGACUCGAGAUACUAGGGCCCACUGAGGAUGCCCCUGAGGUCAUGUGGCUCUUUCUUGUGUGGGGAGAAGAGGCACUCGCAGCAGUAACGCCUUAGGAAGGGGAUGGACUGACCCCAACACGCUCGCACACACACACCUGCUCACACAGCUGUGACACUCAGCACUAGGGUGGCCAGUGCACCACAGACCCUACGUGGGCGGCCUGGCCGGCUUGGGGUGCAUAGGACACUGGAGGUUCCUGCUUCUUGCCUGUCCCCAGGCUGGAGGCUCACAGCCUCAAGCUGGCCACAGGCUGGGCCACAUGAGAUGGUCAGCACCAUAUGCACCUUUUGUUGGUCCUGCGGUACCCAGGUGGCAGCCUGGGUGGUUCCCACCUUUAGUAACUUGGUUUGUGCACCAGUGGCGCUUGGGAGGUGCAGGUCAUCCUGCCAUGGGCCCGAGUGUGCCACAUGUCCACUCACCACCUGUUCAGGGCCCUGAAUAAACAGCUGGCAACAGCC